AUGGUGGAUUUUAAUGCGCAUAUAACAGGCGAAAGAAGUCGUCGUCCAAGUAACUCGCGUGGAAAGUUAGUGCAACAACUUCUAAGUAACUUAAAUCUAAUUGCAGUCAAUUUGAAAUCAGUCUGUAAAGGUCCGGUACAGGUCCACGAAUGCUCUACUGCAGUGCCAACUAUUGAUUACAUUUGUGUACCUAACACGUUGUUUCAGAGCAUUUCUAAUGCCGAGGUCUUGGAUAUACACCCAGAGAAUGUAACUCACCACCUUCCAGUUACGGUUACAUUAGAUAUCAUGUCAUUCCCUGAGCAAUUAACAAACUACGCCCCACCUCUGCGAAUUGCAUGGAAAAAAUGUACAUCAGACAACAUCGAAAUGUUCCAAAAUGAGUUAAAUAGAAAACUUGAUUCCUUAGAUAUCGAUGGCCCUUUAUCACACACUUCGGACUCUAUUACUAUGCUAAGGAACUUACAGACUGCAUGGUAA